AUGCGGGUCAUAUAUUCAAGAACACCAAGAGAUUAUGCUGAAGCCAGUGCACCUCCAUUUUUGAAUUAUGGAGAAGAAUUACCACAAAUUAUAUUGAUUUUUGUGAUUAUAUUGGUUUAUUCAUCAAUUGCUCCAAUAAUUCUUCUUUUUGGUACCAUAUAUUUUUUCUUUGGUUAUAUAACAUACAAAUAUUUAUUACUUUAUGUUUAUUUUCAUCCUUAUGAAACUGCUGGUCUUGCAUGGCCAAAAAUAUUUCGUCGGAUCAUCGUUGGUCUUUAUAUUUAUCAACUUAUGAUGAUUGGAUAUUUUUCACUCAAGAAAUCUUAUUAUUUAACAUUAGCCACUAUUCCUCUUCCUUUCAUCACUUCACUAUUUUUUUAUUAUGUUAAUCAAGCAUAUUAUCGUAUCUCUACAGUUAUUUCAUUACAACAUUUAGUAGAAACUGAAAAGAAAUCACAAUCUAUUGCAAGAAUUGAUAAUGAUGAAAAUUUAUCCAAUGAUCAAUCAUCUACUGGCAAAGAUAAAAGAAAUGUACAUAGUGAUGUUCUUGAAGAUGAUUUAUAUCAUGCAGCACCUGAUUACUACACAGAUUACAGUCAACCACCAAUGUCUUUGACUGAAGGUAUUCUCAAUACUGGUAUGAGAGAUUACAGAAAUCCUUCAUUGGUAGGAUCUUUGCCGAUUUUAUGGCUGCCAGUUAAAAGAUCAUUAAAAGACAAAUCAAAUCAAAAUGGAACUAUUGGAUCUAGAUUGGGCAUGGAUAGUGAUAAGAAGAAAGAUAAAUUUUCUGACUUGGAUGCUAAUAAUAACAUUAAUCUUUCUGCAUCUACAGCUUCUCAUGAUAUUCAACAUCAAAAAAAUAUUGACUCAGAACUAAGAUUAAACCAAAUUAUUGAAGAUCAGGAUCCAAAUAACCCCAAUAAAAUUUACCAUCCUCAUUCUGAUGAACCAGCUGUUGGAUCAUCAUCAUCACCAUCUAGUAGAGAUCAAGAUCAAACAUCAUCUUCAAGUACUCCAAGUCAAAAUAGUAAGUCAAACAGGGCGAUUAUAUCAUUUGGUGAAUUAGCAGGAAGUAAUUUUGGUUUUGAUCAUGAUAUUCAACAUCAAAAAAAUAUUGACUCAGAACUAAGAUUAAACCAAAUUAUUGAAGAUCAGGAUCCAAAUAACCCCAAUAAAAUUUACCAUCCUCAUUCUGAUGAACCAGCUGUUGGAUCAUCAUCAUCACCAUCUAGUAGAGAUCAAGAUCAAACAUCAUCUUCAAGUACUCCAAGUCAAAAUAGUAAGUCAAACAGGGCGAUUAUAUCAUUUGGUGAAUUAGCAGGAAGUAAUUUUGGUUUUGAUCAAAAUAAAAAAGCAGAUUAG